CACUGUCAUCGAUUUUUCCGGUUCUUAUACGCCGCUGAUCCUCCAGCUUCUACCCCAACAUGGCAGCCCGUGUCCUGCUGCAGUGUGUCCGCUCGUGUGCCCGGCCCUCGCUGAGGCUUUGCUCCGGUAACCUCGCAGUCAGAGCCGCUGUCAUACCGGCAGUCAGCACCCACCGACCUCUGUCCUUGGCCGCCGACCGCCAGAGAACGCGGUGGUUCGUUCGGAGCCCGAUCCUCUCGGUGGGUGUGCUGUGCCGACAGUAUAGCGACCUCCCCCCUCUCACUCUAGAAACCAUCAAAGACCGCGUCAUGUAUGUACUGAAGCUGUACGAUAAAAUCAACCCAGAAACGCUGCAGACAUCCUCCCACUUCAUGAAGGAUUUGGGCUUAGACAGCUUGGACCAGGUGGAGAUCAUAAUGGCCAUGGAAGAUGAGUUUGGAUUUGAGAUCCCAGACGCAGAGGCAGAGAAGCUGAUGACUCCAGAGGAGAUUGUACAGUACAUCGCAGACAAAAAAGAUGUUUAUGAAUAAUCUCUUUGUAGCUCGGAGGCAGAGGGAGGCCUCACACAGGAAGUUUUUUGUGAAGCAGAUUGGCAUCGAACCAUUUCCCACUUCAAACCUGUCCGCUGUGGCGAGUUCUGCGUCGCCUGCUGCGUCCUGUGUUUCACUGUAUUUAAAUAUGUUCUUGAGAGCAUAGAGAUAAAAACUAUUGAAACGAUGUACCACAGCUCCAGUUUUGUUUCUUUUAGCCCCAGCCUGUGGUUGUUGGUGUAUAAUUUCACAUGAAUAAAUCAAUAAAGACGGGUUGUUCAAUUCUG